GAGCUGCUGUUUAGCUUUCUUGCAUUUCUACGCUGGGAGUUUUUUCCUCUGUAAACGUUUAUUAUUUACAUUCUAACUUACCGUUGAAAGAUAUGGCUAUUGUAGAACAACAGCUCAGCUUGUAGGCUCGUUGUUUGAGUUUAUUUUAACCCACGUCGUCGUCAGAGAGAGUUUCAGAGGAGGAUUCUGCUGCCAUCAACCCCUGUUGUGGAUUAUAAUGUUAUGACAAUGGACUCCAUCUCCCACUCUCAUAUUGUUAGAAGUAAAUACAGUUCUCUAUCUGUAACCCUUUCAUUUCCCAAGACAUUGUUUUUGCUAUGAGCACCAACUGAUGUUUGUUUCCCAGAAGUAUGCCACAAAAGGACAAGUGAGUGGAGAACCUGCAGCUGAUCCUAAACAAUGCUGGGACGUGUAAUGUCAGUGUGGUUCUGGUUUGGGUCAGAUCGUUCUGGAUUCUGCCUGGGAACAUGUUUAUCAACAGCACUCAUGCUACUGAUGUAUGCUGGGAGCAUCCAGGCAAGUCUGAGUGUAGGUCCAGGAGGAGACUUCCCAAGGUUCAGAGAUGUGUGUCUGUAUGCUCUCAGUCAUGAUGAGCUGACUUCCCUGCUGGUCAGCGUUGCUCUCCUGCUGUUGUUCGGACCAUGUCAGGAGCGUCGCUGGGGGACGGUCGCCUGGCUUGCCCUCUCCAUCCUGACAGUGGCCCUUCUGCCUUUUCUCUACGCUGUGCUCCUCUUUGCUGGUGGGGGCGAGGCGAGUCGGAUCUGUGGGUUCUCUGCCGUCCAGCUCGCUCUGUUCACAGCUCAGUGUCGACAGGUGACACAAAGGCGGCUGCUGAGGUGUUUGCCAGUCUGGUUUCUGCCCUGGCUUGUCCUGCUGAUUGGCCUGCUGCUGCUGCCCGGGACACCUGCCAUGCUUCACUUCUGUGCGAUAUGCAUCGGACACAACUAUCGCCAACCCUUUAUUGGAAUGGUACAGGAGCUGGAGGAGGCCAGGCUCUUGGAUUUCAUUCCUGAUUGGGUGUAUGUUCGCACCUCAGUCAGGUUCAGAUUGCCCUUCUACGCUACCUCACAAAGAUCUAGAUCACUUUCUCAGAUGAUGCCUGUAGAUCAGGCGGCUGCUCCCCCACUGACUGAGCCCUCCGCUAUGAACCACCACCCAUGGGUUGAACCAUUGCCUUCCUGGGUAAUGGAGGAGUCUGCUGCUCUGUCUGAGGCAGAGGUGCUGGAGGAGCAGAUGCUCAGAGCAGGAAUACUGGCCUCAUUACAGGACGCUCCUGAUGACCCUGAUGCAAAAGUGGAGGUGCCCAAAUCAUCCGUGUCGUCUCUGCGACUGCAGCAGCUGGAGAAGAUGGGCUUCCCCACAGAGAAAGCUGUAGUGGCUUUAGCAGCCUCGAAGCAGCUAGAUGGCGCCAUCUCCCUGCUUAUUGAAGACAGCGUUGGAGAACAAGCCGUGGUGGUAUCAAAGGGAAAGAGUUCCUUGCCACCGCACAGCAGCUAGAAGACCUCACACUCCUGGACAGAGUCUGUAAAGAUGUGUGCACUCGUCCAGUAAACUGAACAUACAUAUUAUGCUUGGGUUUUGCUGAGCUUCAGUGUUUUCCCUGUGGGCUAUACGUAGAACUAUUUUAAUGAUCACAAUCCCUCAUAAAAAGAUGUGAUGAAAGUCUAAACACUUGCAAACUUGACCCACUUUAUGUACCUGCACAUAGAAAUGUACGUCGGAGAGAGCGUGUGUCAUUUAAUUAUGUCAUAGAAGUGUUUAAUGAAUACUGUUGUACCACAAAUGAAAACAGGUGACAUGUUUAAAAAAAACCAAUGAACAUUAUUUUAUUACACCGAUCAUCUAGACAGGAUUAUCUUAACACAGUAACACAUUUGCAAGAAAAAAAAAAAAAGGUCCAAAAUAUGAAAUGGUUACACGACAGCAUACAAAAUAAACUACAAUUCAUCAUUUUAAAUAGUUUCACAAUAAGUUUGAUAUAAGAUGAAAAAAAGUCUUUUCAUCAGGACAGUUUAAGCAGUUUACCAACACAACAGUGGUAAAAACAUGUUCAAGUUCUAUUAACAGUUUUGCUAUUUCCUCUGCGUGUAUGUGUGUGUGUUUAACAUCUUGACACAGGCAGCCAGAUUUGCAAAGAGUUAUUUCAAUGCAUUUUGUUUCCAACACUGUUCACGACUGUUCCUGCUGAUAUGCAGCCAAAUACAAAUGUUUGUGCACUUUUUUUUUGUCUUUUGUUGCACAGAUUAAAUGUCAAAAUGCUA